GGGAGGUAUGAUAUUCUUUUGGGUAGCUCCACGUUCGUUGAAGGGGUACAUGGCAUGUCAACCACACUUGACGGUGAUCGAGUCUGAGGAGGAAAGUUGAGUCACGUGGUAGCUCAGAGGAUCCGGGCCGCAUUGUGGAGUACCAGUAAGUCGAUGUUCUCAACGUCACACGCAGGAUCUUCAAGUUGCCAUUGUAAAGGCUAGCACUCCUAGUUAUGGCUCGUACCUCGUCGUUGCUGGUGUCGGCGACUCCAAGUGUCAUCGCACCAGCAGACGUUACCAUCGGCCAUGUGCAACUUCGAGAUUUAAUCAUAUGUCCACGCGAGGCUGGCAUCGUCAAUUAUGUUCAUAAGAACUCCAUUAUGGAGCAUGACCUUCAUGCUCCAGACCUGGCACCAAAACCCUUAGCCGAUCUCACAUUUAUCCCAAACACUCUUUCUUCGCUAAACCUUUCUGAUUCCCCGCACACACUUCUCGCAGCAGGUGGUCAGGACACCGAGAUCCACCUCUCGCUUCACAGUCCAUCACGUACCCGUGCGCUCUGGCAGUUCUCCCGCAGGCUCAAUGGAAGCAUCAACAAUUCCGUCCUCCUUGCACGCGCAUUCAAUAGUUCUCACGAACCACGGCUCGUCGUAAGUAAUAAUGACUGGACAGUUCGCCUCUACGACGUACCCCUCCGAGUCCGUUGGGCACAGGACCUUAGGUGCUGUGGGACCCUCACACUCGAAGAGCCUGUGAAUCAUUCCUCUAUCUCGCCCGACGGACGCACCUUACUCUCAGUCGGAGACUCUCCUCGGAUCUACCUUCACUCCCUUUCAGGCAACGAUCAGCUUACCUUCAAUCGCGUCACAACAUUAGAGAUCCCGUCCGCCAUCUCCAUCCAUCCUAACUCUCUCGUAGCGUCCUUUAGCACCGCAUGGAGCGCCGACGGCCUUAAGUUCGCUGUUGCUUGUCAAGAAGGAGUCAUCGCGAUCUGGGACGUGCGGAGCACAAAGCCGUUAAAGGUGCUGCAUACGAGUCGUGAGAGGGGCGGUGGUGACAGCGAGUGGAUGAGUGAUGACCCGUGGGACUGGACACGCAGAACCUCACGUGCGCCAGGAUGGGGCGCGCGAAGCGUCAAGUUCGGGUGCGGCGGAGUUGGCGGGCGGACAGGACACGAGGUGAUGACGUAUACUGAGCACACUAACCUCCUGCACGUUCUCGACGCUCGAACAUUCGAAACUGAAGAAAAUCAUCCGACUCGAGGUGGACUGCUUGUCACGUGGGGCUCGCCACCUCCAAUGAACUCGUACCGCCCCUCAAGCCCGUAUCGGCCCGUCAGCCCAUCGCCUCUCUCUUCCCAAACAUACCGUCCCGCAAGUCCGCCGUAUCGCCCUGCAACCCCUCCGUACCACCCCAUGAUACCUUCAUUCCACCCCUAUCGGCGCACUCCGCGACGAACGCAUGGGGAGGAAGGAGAAGUCGAACGUGCAGGAACGGUGGCAGAGCAUGAAGAUGUGGAUAUUGCAGGGACGUGCUUCGACCCGACAGGAGGUUUCCUGUAUGUUGCGUCGACGGCUGGUGUUGCUGAGUGGGCCGUGCGCGGUUCAGAAAAACGUUGGUGGGGGAGUGGACAGUGGGCUUAGGGCCCCGUUUGUGCCUCCCCUCAUAUGUUUCAAUGCACACGUAUGUCUUUUCACGAUUUUCGGACGUGUUACAAAUACUUUUCUGCGGGGCUGACCAUAUGUACUCUUGUACUCAAGCGGUUUGAUCUACUGCUCUGUUUUGGUUUCUCACUGGUCAUAUUGUCGUCUUACUAUCCCUUCUUCGUUAUCGUCUUCUCAUGCUCACUUUCUCACAUCGUGCUUUCUCAUGUCUGACCGUGCUCAUCUCAUGUACCGUACUAGUUGCAUUUCUAUAUUCCGUUUCUGAUGUUUGUAUACGUACACACUCACGAACUUGAUACCAACCACGCUAGUGAAUUUAUGAUGUAUCCAUUUC